GUGGAAAUUAACACCUCACUUCAUCAUCAUUGCUUUCAAAUGGUACUUCAUUUAUUUUUCGCAUAGGACAAUUUAUACGAGGAGAAAAUAACACUGACACAAAAAUGUGAAAAUGGAUUUGACAGCUGUAGUUUGCGUGCUUGCAUUUAUCAUCAUUGUCAGGUUUUUAAGUCGAUCUGACCCGCCAAAAAUUAAUGGAAUUUAUUCUCAACCGAAUAAGUGGUAUUUGAUGAAAUUCAUGAUUUUUAAAUUUUUGUUACGGCUUAGAAAACUAGAGAGAAAUAAAAAAGUUACAGGUGAAAAUGCUGGGAUGGGAAGAAAAUCGAGAAAUUCUCCGGAAGAUAUGGACAAAGUUCAACUAUUACCAAAGGAGCAUCCAAAGGCUGUGGAUGCAGUAUACCUUACUGGAAGUAACAAAGAAGGUCAGUUCCUGGUCACGGCAACAGCUAGACGCCAUGACAAUCAUGUCCAAACCAUUGUCUAUCUUAGACUACCUGAUUUAGGAUUUCUCGAGCUUCCAUCUAUGCCGGACACCUCUCUACGUGGGACCAUGGAAAAUGAGUUCGCUGCUGGUGGGUUACAUAUCAGUAUGGUAGAACCAAUGAAAACUUGGAGUAUAAAGUUUGAUGGGAAACUUAGACAAGUGUCCUCAGGGAAGUUGCUAGAUGUGAAGUUUGAUUUGACAUGGAGAGCUUGUACAAAAUUCUUCGAUUUUGACACAGACCUUCAUCCCAAUGUUCUAUGUGACGCUAUUGCACGGGAAACUUGGUCAAGACACUUCUUUGACACAUUGAAAAUUAUACAUCAGACACACUAUGAGCAGUUUGGUGAUACAACAGGCACAGUUAAUAUAGAGGGACAUGAUCCUGUUGAUAUUAAUAUACGAGGUGUUCGUGACCACUCUUAUGGUAAUAUUCGUAACUGGCGACAGUUACAUCGUUAUUGUAUACAAUAUGCCAGUUUUCCUGAUGGAACAAAUCUCUGUUUAUCAGCUAUAUCCAUGCCAGCUACCAUGUCCAGAUUACACUGUGGAUUUAUCUUUCAUCCAUCUGGAGAAAUGGACACAGUAUCCUGGCAUGACCUGGAAUUUCAUAACCUAGGGGAUGACGGUACUCCAUCAACUAACUUUACUGUUAAUUUUAAAGCAGGAGAAAAACAAAGAACACUGAAGGUUGUUGUCAUAGAAACACGACAGUUUUAUAUAGGAGAUGGCAGGGAUGCUAAAAUUUAUGAGAGAUAUGCCAGAUAUUUCUUAGAUGGGAUGGAAGGUUAUGGACUCAGCGAAUGGGAAUAUUGCAAUACUGAUGGUACUGAGCCAGAGAACAACAUGGGAUUAAAUUAUUGAUAAUUAUCAGAGAACUAAGUACAAACUAAAGCAUCUCCUUGCAUAUCAGACAGAAUUAUCUACUGUUUACAACGAUGCUAAAAAACCUGUCUUACACCCCUAGUCAUGUAAGACAGGUUGUGUGAUUUAUAUGAUGUCAUUGCCAUGUGCCUAUUACAAAUGAAUAGCGUUCUUAGGAUGACGUUAUUGUGCCAUUAUGAAUGAAGUUGUGAAUUCAUACGCUACUGCAAGGAAAAACUUCUAUGUAAAUGUUAGUUUUGGUAAUUUCUUUCAAUAAUGUAAUUAAUUAGUAGAAUCAAACACAGGCUGUCGUCUGAGACAGGAAUUUCUUGCAUAGCAGACUGGCGUUUCCGUGAGUUUUACCCAUGCCGGAAAUUUCAUCUGGCAUGGGGGGUGCCAGAUGAGUCGCGUGCCAAACAACAACGUCAUUUUAGCGCACUUUAUGAAUAAACCGCGGUAAAAUGACGUCGUUUUGGAAGGGAAAUAUGUGCUUAGGAUGAUGUCAUUUCGCCGUUGUUAUUAAAGUUGUAAGUUCAUACGCUAUUUUAAGAAAAUAGUUAAGGAUGAAAUGACUUUAAUUUCCAUGAACAUAUAUCAUAUUGAGGUAAACCAUUUUAAAUAUGAAAUAAUAUGGCAGAAUAUGCAAGAAAAAAUAUCUGACAUAUGUUUGCGGUUCGGACCUGAAUAUCCGUCCCUCGGGAACUCGCCCAUGGGCGGUAACUCGGCAAGCCUCGUUACCGCCCAAUGGGCGGGUCCCCUCGGGACGGAUAUUCCGGUCCGAACCGCAACAUAUGACAGAUAUUAUUAUUCUUGCAUAUCAGACUGGCGUUUCCGUUAGUUUUACCCAUGCCGGAAAUUUCAUCUGGCAUGGGGGGUUCCAGAUGAGUCGCGUGCUGUACAAUGGCACGAUAAAGAUGACGUCAUUUUACCGUUAUGAAUGACUUUGUAAUUCAUACGCUGUUGAAUGAAAGUAGUUACGGUUGUAAUGAUAUAAAUUUUCAUUGAAAAUAAAGAUAAAGAAUUUAAAAUAUAAUGGAAUAUGGUAGAAUAUGCAAGAAAAAAUAUCUGACAUAUGUUUGCGGUUCGGAUCGUAAUAUCCGUCCCUCGGUCAUCCGCCCAUGGGCGGGUCACCUCGGGACGGAUAUUCCGAUCCGAACCGCAAACAUAUGUCAGAUAUUAUUAAUCUAGCUCUCGGGUAACUAUUUAGCGGAUACUCUGCAGAGCCUCAUCUACCACCGUAAACAGUUACCCUCGAGCUAGAUAUUCCGGUCUGUACUGGCAGCCUGUGUAAGGCAUCUCUUACUGUCUUUUUCAAGCAUUGUAAGAUAGUAAGAUCUGUGGUGAAAUUCAUAUUAAUCUGAGGUGAAAUUCAAAAUAAUCUUAGGUGAAAUCAAGUUUAUGAGGUAAAAUUCAAAUAAAUCUGAGGUGAAAUCAACUUUAUAUGAGGUCAAAUUCAAAUAAAUCUGAGGUGAAAUCAAGUUUAUAUGAGGUAAAAUUCAAAUAAAUCUUAGGUGAAAUCAGACUAAUCUGAUAUGAAAUCAAGUUUUUUUGAAUUUUUUGUGAAUUAUUUAUUAUCAGAAGAUAGUAAUGUCUGAGAUGGACUGACAAAGAUGAACUGUCAAUGGUGUGUGAAAUUAUUUGUAAUAUUUUGACGUAUAAGUGUGACUUGUUUCUAACACUUUUUUAAUUUAUUUGUCUUUACAUGUAUUUAAGGUGCUUUAAGAAGAAGACAAAUCAAAUUGUUUAUUUUCUAUAGUCAAGUCUACUUAAUCUUUCAUAUUGUAUUUAUUUUAAUGUCCCAUACACAUACAUGUAUUUUGCAAUGUUAUUUAUUUAUUUCUAUGCAUAUACACAUUUUAUUCAAUUUUCUCCCAUGUCUAUUUAACAAUUCCUAUUUGUUUAUUCGUAAAUGUAUAUUACAUGUAUCUAAAUGUACAGUAUUUAGUUGAAUGAAACUUACAUAAUUAACAUUAUAAUUCUAUUAAAGGUAUACAGAUACAUUUUCACAACUUAAAUGAGUGUGAAUUUUUUGUAUUUGUUGAAAGUCCAAGACACUUAACAUUUCCUUAAACUAUUGAUCAUUGCAGGUUGACCUAGAAAUAGAAAUAUAAUUAAACGGACUGUACGUUUGUAAACUGCCAGUAAGCUUGCCUUUUUUUCACUAGCACAAGUUGUACAAUAUUUAUAGCAAAUUGUCUGCUUAGCUUUAUUUCACCAAACUGCCCUUGAAAGUGACCUAAAAGAAGAACAAAAAACAUUCUCUUUCAAGGGCAGAUAGCCUAAAAAGAAAUAGGAUGGUAAUUUUUUUCAUUAAUUUAUUACAAUCCUGGAUUUUGUUUAUCAUGCAAAGUUUAAGACAAUUCUCUAUGCUAGUAUGAAUUUUCCUUAUUUGUUUUUGUAGAAAAAUGCAUUACUCCUGGAAAUGUCUUAUCAAUAUAACAUCAGUCCAUCUAUAACCAAGCUUGAUGGAUUUCUCCAAUGAAGGAAUUUGAUUGCAAGUUGUAUUGAUUAGAGUUGUCAGCAAGGCAAAAGUAACGCCUCAAAUAGGAAAAUCACAAAAUACACAGUCGUGUUAAUUCAUUUAUUUAUCAAAAACCUCCAUGACAUGGCGCAGCACCAUUUUGUACAUAUAUAUAUUAUAGUCACAAAAAAGUAUAAAUUUAACUUUAUGCAACACAUAUUAAUUGUUAUUGAAAGCACUUUGGAUUUCAUGUCAACAAUACAAUGGUUGUAAGAAAUGCAAUUUACUACAUGAUCAAAUCAGUAAAAAAAAGUUUUGUCAAAAAGAGGUUUUGUCAUAAGACAUGUUUGAAUGAAAUUAUACAACUUGGAAAAGUUUAAUAAGCAUGUACAUGUAGCGUUACUUAUCAUUAUUUACAAUGUACUUACAGAUAAGACAAAUUUCAAUGAUAAUACAUAUUAUCAUUAUGUAGGUGUUCAUAUUAUUUUUACAAUAAAAAAAGAAAAGAUA